GCGCGGCCAAACCGGCGCACACGCGCGCGCUCCCCGCGGAACUCCCGCGGGCGGCUCGGCGCUCUCCCGGAGGCGCGCCCGAGCCGCCGCGGCCGCCGCCAACAUGGCCGAGACGAGCGAGGAGGUGGCGGUGCUGGUGCAGCGGGUGGUGAAGGACAUCACCAACGCCUUCAGGAGGAACCCGCACAUAGAUGAAAUUGGCCUGAUCCCAUGUCCUGAAGCUAGGUAUAACCGGAGUCCCAUAGUCCUGGUCGAAAACAAACUUGGUGUGGAGAGCUGGUGUGUCAAGUUCCUUUUACCGUAUGUCCACAACAAGCUCCUUUUGUACAGAACAAGAAAGCAAUGGCUAAACAAAGAUGAAUUGAUAGAUGUCACAUGCACCCUGCUACUUCUAAACCCAGACUUUACCACUGCGUGGAAUGUGAGAAAAGAGCUGAUCCUCUCUGGCACUUUAAAUCCAAUUAAGGAUUUACAUCUGGGAAAACUGGCCUUAACUAAGUUUCCGAAGAGUCCAGAAACAUGGAUUCACAGGCGAUGGGUGCUACAACAGCUAAUUCAGGAAACCUCCUUGCCUUCCUUUGUGACCAAAGGAAACUUGGGAAUAAUUCCUGCAGAAAGGACACAGCAACUAAUACGAGAAGAGAUGGAGGUCUGUGGUGAAGCAGCAGGGAGAUACCCAAGCAACUACAAUGCCUGGUCUCAUCGCAUCUGGGUUUUACAGCACCUGGCCAAGCUAGAUGUCAAGAUUCUUCUUGAUGAACUAUCUUCUACUAAACAUUGGGCGUCCAUGCAUGUUUCAGACCACAGUGGAUUUCACUACCGCCAGUUUUUAUUAAAGUCUUUGAUUAGUCAAACUGGGACAGACAGUUCAAUAUUGGAGCAAAAUACUUUGAGAAGUGAGCCAGCUAUAGUUCUUCCAAAAGGUGAAGAAGCAGUGGCUUCAGCAGAGGAACCAAGGAUGAAUCUUCCCCAUCUUCUGGAAGAAGAAGUUGAAUUCAGCACUGAUCUUAUUGAUUCGUACCCAGGACAUGAAACCCUUUGGUGUCAUAGGCGGCAUGUUUUCUACCUUCAGCAUCUCUUAAAUGGUAGGUUUUCUCACAGCAUGGUCCAGUUGUCACCUGCAGACAAUCCAGGGGGGACUUUGAGUGACUUGCACCUCAUCCCAGCAGGCCCCCACACGUCCCAGGCAAUGGAGGUAGAUGGACUCAGUGACUCUAGCAAGCAAGGCUAUUCCCAGGAAACCAAACGCCUGAAGCGGACCCCAGCUCCAGACUCCCUGGGCCUGGAAAUGGAGCACAGGUUCAUCGAUCAAGUAUUGUCCACCUGCCGGAAUGUGGAGCAGGCCAGGUUUGCCAAUGCAUACAGGAAAUGGCUGGUUACAUUGAGUCAAUGAAAGAGGUGGAGUAGUCCUGCAAGGUUCCCCUUUUAGUGCAAUAUUGCUUUCCUUUCUUAUUUACUUGGUUGCAUGAACUGUUUGCUAUUAUUGGCUAACUAUAUGUUCUUCCUCUUUAGGUUAAAAGUCCAUAGUAAAUCUUUCAUUUUAUUUAUUUUGUUAAGAACUGGUAUUCCUUUGGGGAUAAAAUAAUUGUGUAGUUCCUUCCUGCUGAACAGUGAGUCUUAAUUUUCUUUUUAAUUUUUCAUCCUUUAUAUUCCUAUACUUGAGGCUUUUCUCAUUUGCUUCUCCAGAUUGGUUUACACACACCUCAACCCACUGCAGUGCAAUUGCUGCAUAGGCUAGUUUUGGGGGGGGGGGGGUGGUAAUUAAAAAUUUAUGUUGUCGUUUAGUUUAAGAACAAUACAAAUACAAAAUUACUCAGUCUAAUUUUUUUUGAGAAUCAAAUGGCCAGAUGGAUGGAUAUGUGAAAAUACACACCAUUUCUCUUCCUCUAGUAUGUUCUACUCAAGUCACAGACCAACAUAACCGAAGUCAGAAAUAUGGGAAUUUAUAUGAACAACAUGCUUCCAAUAUAAUCCUUUUUAAAAAUGGUUAUUUAAAAAAAAAAAAUCUAAUUUUAAGAGUUUAUGUAAUUUCAAUGGAAAGUUAUUUUUACUACUAGCUUUUAUAGGUUGUUUUUACCUCAAUCAAUUAAAAUCAAUUUUUAAAAAAACCUAGAAUGCUGUUUUUAGUUAUUAUUACUUAUUUUCCUCCAAAUUCACUAUGAAAAAUGGGAGGCUUAUGCAUAGAAAUGUAUUAAUUAAAAAUCUUCCUUUUAAAGAUUUAAGUUAUUGAGGAUACACUGGAUAAACUACAAAAUUUUUGUGAAGUGAUUAUUAAAAGUUUACUGGCAAAAGCCAGGGGGAAAGAAUAAUUUUGAAGGUUAGUUCUUCAAUCUUUAUUUUAAAAAAUAAAAUGAUUUAAAGACUUUGAUACUAAAUUUAUCAGGGAUGAGGUACCAAAGUAUCCACUGUUUAUCUAUAUCUUAUCUUUUCAAUAAUAAGGGCUGGGUUUUUCAGGUAGGUGAGGCAGGUGUGGGGAAAGUGCCAGGUAAUGUCUAAUUUCUUAAUAUGAAAGAAUGCUUUGCAUUUCUUCUUUCCACACACCUUUCUCUUUAUUUUCCCAAUCCAUUUUCUUUUUUUGUCAACUUCACUUUUGUGUAUUUUUCCUUAUCUUGUUAUUUCAUGGAUGUGCACUAAAGAUAUUCUCCUCUCUGUUUCCAGUUAAUUCCAUACCCUAUUGAACACAUACACACACAUACAAAAUAGGAAUAUGAAUUGCCCCUCUAAAAGUUCCCCUAAUGAUAGAAGCUGUCUAUUAUCCUGUGUGUGUUUGAAAUGUAAUAGUGGUAGAAACAAGCAUGACCACUAUGCUUUGCCUGCUUUUUUCCUCUUUAUAUGCUGUGUCACCUGUAGAGUGAGAAGACAGAUGUAGGGAAAAGCCGAACUCUCCUAUCUCACUGUUACGGAGACUCUGGACUUGAGUGAGGAGCAUUGCCUUAAGGGAAAAGAAUAGGUCCUUUAUUUGUGCAUCAUGAUUUUGCUUAGUGGCAAACUGUUGAGUGAGACUUAAGAACACCAAAAAAUUUGUCUAGACUGGUCCUUGUGGACAGAAGCUGCUUUUCUCUUUUAGGCAAAAAUUACCGUUUUAUAGCUUUUUCUAGUAUUUAGGUCAGAAAAUGAUUGGCAUUAUGAGCAUAAUUCUAUGACCCUUUGUGUACAAAGCAUAUUUUGAAUCAAAUACCUCAAGGUCAACCUAGACCUCUCUGAAUAAAACUAUUAAUUUAUGGUUUUUAGCACCUGCAAGGCUUGGGGGCAGAGUAUACACAGAUGACAUGGAAGAUUCAGCCCAUUCCACUAACAUAUGUUGCCAAAUUCUGGCCUCACUCAGCAUUACCUUUCUUCCAAGCAUCAUUUUAAGUAUCCUGAGUAAUAGGGUUUUUUAUGCUUUGAUGUGAGACUGUCGACACAUGAGUAUAGACAAUCCCCUGUGAAACAUCAGCUAAAUUUUAUAAUGCUCCACACCUUCUUAUACCUUCCACAGAGUCUCUUGCCCUGCUUUCAUGUUAACUGUCUUCAUGUGUUUUAAGUCUCUUAACCCACCCCUACACGAAGCCAUGUAGUCCUUUAACAUAUCUUGGUCUCCUGUCUUACUAAUAGUUUAAAGUAGGGAGUAAAAAUACAAAUAUCCAAAGGAUGUUGUUUGUAUCUGACUUUUGUGUGUUGCUUUAUUUCUAAAAUUUGCAGUUUUCAAGUGUUCAUUCACAGAGAAACCUAGUAUUGCCCUAGAUGGUUGUUUUUUCCCUAAAUGGUUGACAUCUAGCUCACUAGCUGUAGCAUGAUAAUAUCUCUUGGACUGAAGGAGCUCAUGCAGUGGAAAGGAUGUGUCUAUUUUUAUGGAUUCAUUAGUCUUCACUUAUUUUUCUAUAAAUAUGUCAUUGUUAAAGGAAGAGAUGGUUUAGAGUGACACAAAUUUCAUCCAACUUUCACUGGAAGAAUUGAAGGCCAUCCUGUGGAUCAAGAAUACUACUGACAAGCUAAAAAGCAAUAAGAUCUGUAAAUAUCUCUACCACUACCCCUCCCAACCUGACUUUUCUUUUUCUUUUUUUUUUAAUUGUACCUAUUUUGGUAAUGUGGUGUUCCCAGAUUCUGUGUGCCUUGCACAUAGUAAGGACUCAGUAAAUAUUUAUUAAAUUUAUGAUUGAUUAACUGAAGAUGGGAAAGAUUGAUCCUGAGUGAUGCAUAAAGUGAGUAAUGAUUGAGAAAUUGAUGGAAUAGAGCAGUGGAUUGUGAAUGAAUGACGUAUUCUACCUUCAUGAUCCUUAGGGGGAGCUACUGCGUAUAGAAUAAGUUAAUUUAGAUUUUUUUUUUUCCUUCAUUAAACUACUUUGUUUAUGCUUGUUAAAUCCCAGGCAAGAAAUGCGGCUGUAUAGUAUCAAGUAACUGUACUUUAAUAUAUAUUAAAAAUUCAUAGAAAAAUGAAGACCAUUUGCAUUAAGAACACUACUUUCUAUUCGUUUAUGAUGUUGGAGGACAGAUCUUGCCAAUAGAGCCAGAGCCACUUUUGGGGUAUCUGAGGAAACUGGUUUCAAAGACUUGUUGAUCUGUAUCUGUGCAUGAGUAGUCAUUUUAUGCUUCUCCUUUUCACCUCCCUAACUUGAACUUUUAGAUAUUUCUUAAACCUGUGUGAGUAAUUUUUUUAAAUUUCAGGAUUUGAUACCUAUUAAUGUCCCCCUUUUCUCCCCCUAGUUUUUAGCAUUUUAUUACCUCUUUGAAAACUCUGGGCCCAGAUUUUGAGUCAUAUAUCUUAUUCCUAUGAUACAAUCCUAAUUUAAAUUAAAGGCUUCAUUAUUUAUUGGAUUAAAUAUAUCAGAUGUCACUCAGAGGCACUUAAGUCUUCAGAUAAGGGCUUAUCUAACACAAGAUGUGCAAACAAAAGUUCUUGAAUUUUUAUGUGACAUUAUGUAAGAAAGCAUAUAUGGUGGUAGGCUGUGUCAUUUAACUAUAUUCAGGUCAUGUGAAUUCAUGCUUGUUUAGACACAUACAUGUACAUGUGUAAAAACUGUAAUAUUUUUGAGAACAAAUUGUGAGUCUAGUAUUUUUCUCUUAAUAGCACAAGAUGGUAUCUGACAUGAGGGCUAAAUAUAAUUUAGGAAUGCAAUUACCACUUGCUAUGCAACAAUCUAAUUUCUACCUUAGUUCUCCUAUAUUACAGAAGAUGCUAAAGAUUUAGUUUAUCAAAGGAAGUAAGAAAACACUUUUUUUUUUGCAAAAAGCGUUUGUAAGCUUAGUUAUUUUGUUACUAAAAAAUUAUAUUUUAAAACUUUAAAAUAUUUAAAGUACGCUAGAAAAUUUGAACAGCAUUGUAACAACUGAACUUUUUGUCUUCUAAAUAAAUUUCUCAAAUAGAACUGUGCAACCCUAGCACUUUAUGUGCUGCCGCCUCCCUGUGCUUGGGUAUACUCUGUAACGGACUCCUUUUUAUUAGAGAAGUGUGUGGAGGCACAGGAAAGUUUAGCAAAUUCAGUGUUAUGAAGGCAGCAGAAAAAAUCAACCCUGAGAAUUCUGCUUACCAUCACACAGUGUCUUUUUAAAAAUAACUGUACAUACUGUGUUCAUUCGAGUGCCUUUCUUUUGGGGGGAGCAAAAUUAUAUUUAAGUCUAACAUUUAGGUAGAAAAAAAAGGAUGAAAAUUUUAUUAAACAGUUGAUUGACUCAUUAUUUAUUCCAGUUGCUAAGCAUGGCCCCAUGGAUUAUUUUAUCCUUAAGUGAGUUACUGAUAUGAGCAGGAAGGAUGCUUUGGUUUGUAUUUCAUUAGUUAUCAUUUUGAAGCACCCCACCAGGAAGAAUUAGUUCUUUCUCAGUGACAACUAACAUUUUUGGGGUUGGAGGCAUCAUAUUUAGAGGACGGCAUAUGCAUAAUUAAAGAUCAGCCAAAAAACCUGCGCAGCCCAUGUUUGAAGGAAAACAGUAGCACUUUGCCCUAAAAGAAAUGCCAUAUGGUUGUCCUAAAUGAAUCUUUUGCCUCACCGUAAGGACUUUUAAGAACUCCUUCCCAAAUUUAGGCCUAUAUAGGAUAGUUGAGGGGGGAAAAAAAUGGAACGUUAAUCUUUUCAAUUACUAGAGGAAAAGAAGUAAAUACUGAGAUGAAAUUUAAAAUGUGGCUUUUUAUGUGUUUGGGUAUAGAGAGGGUAGGGAUAGGAAUUCCAUAUUUCCAGAUAGCAAAUAAUUGUUAAUUGUAACUUCAUUAAAAUAUGUAGCUUAAGAAUCCAAAGUGCUUUUCUGAGAACUGUUGAAUAAUGUAUUCCUAAAGGACAGCAAUAGCUCAUGUUCAUAGUGGAAACAGGAAACUAUUACGUCAGUUGUGGGUCUGGGGGUUAGGGACCUCAGGCUCCCAACUUUGACUUCUGUAUUCUCACCAGGCCAUGUUAACACUGUAAAACCAAGCUCUUUACUUAACAAAAGAAAAAAGAAAAAAAAAAUAGCAGCAGCUUACUCUGCUGAUGAAAUCUUGUGCUUCCAAGAAUAUUAGCUAUAUAUAUAGUGUGUGCUUUCUGGACAAUAAUAUGGUCCACAAAGCUAACCCUGGCAUUUCUUUUAUUAAUCUGUUGUUAUUCCUCAGGGUGUAGAAGAUUUAGUAAAUUUAGGACAAAAUUUUAUAUUCAGUGGCAAAAAAAAAAGGGCAACAAUAUGCUAAGUAUAUUACUAGCUCUUACAGUUUUAGUAUAGAUAGUAUUUUUUAUAAACUACUACCAGUGCAGUAGCUCAUGUGACUGCCUCAUUGUUCAUCUCGCUGCUUCAAUCCUUAUGGCUCUAUUAUGAAUGUUCUCUUACAUGUGUCUUCUACAGAAAUGACUUCUGUAUUGUAUUAUUUUCCAUGUUUGGCAGAGGUAGGGGUGUUUUAGUUGACAUCAGUCUCAGUUUUUGGAAAUUCUAUUGAGAAAAUGAUUACUGUUGGUUUUCAAACUGACAACUCUUUUGCUUCUUAAAACUUCAGUUUCCCUGAAAGAGUGUUUUGUGUGCAGAUCUUGUACAUGUUCAGUACGUUGCAUAAUGCCUUGCACCUUGUAGAAAUUCAACAGGUCAGAAUUGUUAAAGGCUAGAAAGUUAAAACUAGCUUAUUUAUCUCUGUCUUAUCACCACUGUCCACAUUCUUAGCUUCAGGAGAAAUACAGUAUUGUGCUUAAGAUACAUAAUCAGGUUCAAACAUACAAGGCAAAGAUAUACAGCUGUACAACAUUGUAAGUGAAAUUUAGAUACUUUGAAGGCAUACAUAUGUAUGUAUAUUCACAUAUAUGUAUCUAUAGUUAAAUGAGAUUUAGAAUUUCAAGUUAUAUACUGGUUUUACAAAGAAUUUUAUCCAAGAGACUUUUAUUUUCGUACUUGCUUGAAGUACUCCUAUUUAAAAGCAGUUUUCUUUAUUAGACCAGCCCUUCAAGCAAAGUUGGAAACACAAGUGCCCAUUUGCUUGAAUUAACCAGAUAUUUCUGUAAACUGUUUAUAGUAAGUCUUCAGUUGCUUAUGAGCCAUGACAUUUUGACUUUUCUUCCAUACCUUUAGGGAAUCAGCCUUAAUUUUAUGUAUGGCAAUCACUUUCCUCAAAGUACUAUGCAGCAUACUUCAUAUGUUUGUUUAUCUUUAUAAAGUGAUCAAUAAUAAAUUUGAGGUUCUUCAGUGUCGUAGGAAUGAACAAUUUCACUUGUCCAGAUAUUGACUCAUACAGCAUUCCUUUAGAAAUGCUAAUAUGUUAUCCUCCCUCACAAAUGUCAUAUUACGUUUGGAGCAGAUAUUUUUUUCUUAUUGGUUAAAGAAUGAGUACAGGCUGAAUGCAGUCACAGUAGGUGCUUAAUAAGUAUUUAGUUGAUUAUUGAUCUAACAUCAAAGUAACAGCUUUCAGAAAGGAGACUGUUGUCAUCCUUUCAUUGAGGAGUACAUUUUUAGGGUAAUAUAUGUUUGAAACUGAAAAUUUUUCUCAUUUGACAUGAAUUAUUAGGCUUAUUUAGGUUGGAAUUAGUAACAUAAAAAAUAUUGUUUAUGUAGAAAUGGUCUGAAGAUAGAGAUGUGAAGAGAUUAAGUAGUAUCUCUUUGUGCAAGGCACAUUCAUAGGUGGGAUUGUGUCUUAAUAGGCUGCUGAACUCUAGAGAGAACUGCUGUAGUCUUCUGCAAUCAGUUUCUAUGUUGGGAUAUCUAGUAUAGAUUCUAUUUAUUUCUCCCUAAAUCUUGGUUACUUUCCAGUGUCUUAAAAGUAGUCAUGGUAAAGUAUGAAGUUAUAUUUAAUAACUUCUACUUGUUUUUUGAGAACAUCUUCAAAAUGAGGGAGAAAUUUUUAUGAAUAAUAUAGUAGUUUCAGAGUCCAUUAAUUUGUGGCUUUCAGAGCUUUUUUGACAGUUUACCUAAUGCAAACAGAUUGAAACAGUUUAAAAACAAGCAUUCCAACCUGAGCUGUGAGAAGCAGCAUGUGCAGCACAAGCGUGUUUAGGCAUUGCCUCGUGGCAGGGUUCUUGAUGCAUGACUAUGAUGCUGGCUUCUGACUGAGGUGUGACCACUGUCGGUAUUGUAUUUUGGUGCUUUUUGUUCGUAGCAGAAUAAAGGAGUAUGUACUAGGUUAACUUGUUUCUGAGUUGGACAAAAUAAAAGAUGAGGUAUUAUAAAUAUACCAAAUGUUUAUACACUCUACUACAAAAAAAGCUAAAAAAAAGGAGGAGGAGAAGAAAAUGAUAAAAGAGCAAUGAUCUUUUUUUUUUAAUAGCUUCUUAAAAAUUUUUUUCAGUUCAGGUCUCUUGGACACUAGGUAGUUGCUUGCUCUAACACUGAGGGACUUUAAGGGAUAGUUCUCAGACACUAUACUCUGCUGUUAGAAUUCACCAUGUGUGUUAAUUUUAUAUUGUUUGAAGAUUCUCCAGAAAAUGGAAUAAUUAAGUAGGUCGCAGUCAGUGUUUUUUCAGAUUUUCUUAUGGUUAAAUGGACAAGUUAUAUGUGUGAUCUGUGGUGCAAGGUCAGAUCCUGGGCAUUAAAGAUAAGUUUGGCUAACUUAUUUUACUGAAGAUACUAAUUGUCUUCACUCUGAUUGCACUGCUGCUUUUCUUAAACUAUUCCCCCCCAGUGUAACAGUCUGCAUUGAAUUUCCUUUAGCUCUUACCAUAUUCUAGUUGACUUUUUUUUUAAGGAUUAAAUAUUUUGUGAAUUCCUUUCACACUUAAAAUGUGUACCUUGCAGAGGGAUGAAAAUAAAUUUUGCAGUAAGGUAUAUAGAGUGUGCUUAUGGUGUUCUGGGAGUUAAUACUCCAGAGUGCUUUAAGUGUGAUGCUAAAUUCUAAGGCUGAUAUAAUGACUGUAGAUUAUCUAUAUCACUGCUAUCCAGUAGAAAUAAAUGUGAGCCACAUGUGUAAUUUAAAAUUUUCUAGUAGCCACAUUAAAAAAGACACACAUAAAGUUAACUUUAAUAAUAUAUUCUAAUUAACUCAAUAUAUUAAAAAUAUUAUCUUUUAGUUAUGUAAUCAAUAUACAAAAGUGAGGUGUUUUACCUUCUUUUUCCCCCAUAGUAAGUCCUCAAAAUUCAGCGUGUAUUUUGCGCUCAGGUGCCUCUCAGUACUGACUAGCUACAUUUCACAUAGUCAAAAAGCCACUUGUGGCUGAGGGCUGCUAUAUUGGAAGGUGCAGAUUCAUAGAGUACAAAGUAUGGCUUUAUUUUAAUUGGAGAUGGUGAGGUAGGCAUGAAAUUAUGGUAUUUUAGAAAUUAUUUAGUAUACUUAGAAAAGCAUUAAACAGAAUUAUCCACUCAUUUUUCUUUGUGUUCACUUUAAAUUUUCUCUAGAAGUAGGCUCAGCCUCUUUUAAUUUGCCAAGCAUUAUUUAAGGAGAAAGAAAUUCCAUGCCAUGUAAAAUACCAUGAUAUGCUGAUUAUAACAACAUUAUCAACAAUACAUUUUCCAAUGUGUUCACUAAAUUCUGUCCUGUUUCUUCAAAAUAAUAGCUCAAAUUGCAUGUUAAUUGUGUAUCUGUACCUAUUUUAUUUUUAUAUUAUUGUUAUAAUACAAUAAUGUGUAUUAACAGCCCUAGGAUUCUAAUCUUCCUAUGCAGCUGUCCUCCAGUACUUACUGGUACACUUAAGUUGUAAUAAGUGGCAGAAAAGUAGAAUGAACCAUUCUUUUUUUCCAUUAGAUUUGUUUUUAUCAUGUGACCAUGUACCAAGCCAACUAUAAAUUACUGUAUUGCUGUAGAAUAUGGAAAAUAGUGUUUAUGUCUUAUCUUUGCUAAAUGUUUGCAAUUUCUAAGUAAACUUUUCAU